UCAAACUGGCGGCGCAUGCGUACAUCUCAAACGGGGGCGGGGCUCUCUGGCUCUGCAGGUCGAAGUGUCUCGUCCUGCGUCACGACGCCGCUUGUGAUUGGUGGAGAACUUCAGGUUCCACGCAGCCUAUUGGCUGCUGCUUGUGUCAUUGACAGGAUCCUGACAGAUGACGACAAUCAUAAUAAUCUGGCGGCCAUCUUUGCUGAGGUCGUCGAGGAAGUGGAGAAAGAAGAGAACCGCAAAACUAACCGCAAAACUAACCGCCGGUGUUUUGAUUCACGCCGGAAUGAUUCACGCGAGUCCCGCUCUCCCUUCCUCCAGAAAUCCGCUCGACUGGAACUGUUAGCUGCGGAGCUAAAUGCGACUAGCCGGACCAGCUAGCUGCUGUAUGGCCGAGUAGUGGUCGUCAGAGGCGGACUCAGGGCUCAGCUCUGCUCGCUGGCUGUUCUCUGAUCCCGGGUCACAGCAGCUGAGUGGUUUAUGGUUAUUUGACAGAUAACACGUUAUGAACCGUUCAGGUUCAACUCUAACGUUUUUUAAAAUAAGUUUGGAUCGAGGUUAGCCCCGGAUAGCCUUAGCUGCAGCUUGAUCCCGCUGUGGAAACACCAUCAACUGUCUCCGGCCUGAUCAGUGUGUUGGAUCCCGAAGAGGAGAGGGUUAGGUUGGAUGAUAGCAGGUGGUUUCACUGGUCGCAGGUCCUCCUCGUCCACCAAGCCUGGCCUCAGACUAACUGUAUCUGCAGCGCUGGCUCGAUCAUAUUCACCUGUUGUCACAUGAAGUGGUUCACAUCGGGACUGUGUGACGAGUCCUGACCGGAACAUGCUGCCGGCUCUCGGUGUCAAACAUCAGUCGAAGCUGCUGUAAAGUGUCAGUCAAGAUGGGACCAGAGAGCAAACUGUUCCUCAGUGUUUUCCUCAUCUCCUGCUCCUCAGGUGAGUCUGCUGCCAUCACACCUGCAGGUGUGAACCUUAACACACGUGCCCACCGGCUGCUGAUCAGACGUUGGCAGAAGACCGAGUGUGUGGAAAAGAAAGAUGGUCCUGAAGUCUUCUUCUGCUGUUGUGACGGCAUUUUGUGUAACGACAAGUUCUUCUAUAGCCCCAACAUCAGCUGGCCACCCACGACGAACAAACCAGUGACGUCUCCACCUCCAUUGCUGUCCACACUCAUGUACUCACUGGUUCCAAUCAUGGCCGUCACCGCCAUUGUCCUCUUUUCCUUUUGGAUGUACCGGCACCACAAGCUGGCCUACCCACCUGUACUAGUGCCCACACAGCACGCCUUUCACAUAAUGAUAGAGGACUCUGGACCCCUCCCCCCAUCCCCCAUCGUUGGUCACAAGCCCCUGCAGUUACUGGAGAUCAAAUCCAGGGGGAGUUUUGGCUGCGUGUGGAAGGCUCAGCUGCUCAGUGAAUAUGUGGCUGUCAAAAUCUUCCAAAUACAGGACAAACAGUCAUGGCAGAACGAGUUGGAGAUCUACAACAUGAAUGGGAUGAGACAUGAAAACCUGCUGCACUUCAUUGGCGCUGAGAGGAGAGGAAGUCACAUGAUCACAGAGCUGUGGCUUAUCACCGCCUUCCAUGACAAGGGUUCUCUAACCGACUACCUGAAGGCAAACGUUCUCUCCUGGUCUGAGCUGUGUCUCAUCGCUCAGUCCAUGUCCAGAGGUCUCGCCUACCUGCACCAAGACAUACCUGGACACAAGGACGGACACAAGCGGGCCAUUGCACACAGGGACUUUAAGAGUAAGAACGUUCUGCUGAAGUCCGACCUGAGUGCCUGCAUCGCUGACUUCGGCCUUGCUCUCAGGUUUGAGGCAGGAAAGUCUCCAGGAAACACCCACGGACAGGUGGGGACAAGGAGGUACAUGGCCCCUGAGGUCCUGGAGGGGGCGAUCAACUUCCAGAGAGACACCUUCCUCAGGAUCGACAUGUACGCUGUCGGUCUGGUGCUGUGGGAGCUCGCCUCUCGCUGCAAGGCUGCUGACGGUCCAGUGGAUGAGUACAUGCUGCCAUUUGAGGAGGAGGUGGGGCAACAUCCAACUCUGGAGGACAUACAGGAUGUUGUCGUCCACAAUAAGCAGAGACCGACGCUCAGAGAGUGCUGGAAGAACCAUGCUGUGAGUCUGACUACAUUACCCAUGAUCUCUCUCUCUCUCUCUCUGACUCAACUGACACACAACGGUCUAAAUGUUGGUUUGUUUAAAAUGACGCCACAAUAUCAAUACUGA